ACACUCUCCCUGGACUGUUUCUGGUCCGUCUCUCUGGAAGUGUCUCUCAGACAGUCCCACACUCCCCUCCCACCCGUCACUCACACUCGGUGCCUCCCCAGUCCCAGCUGUCUCUCUGUGUCUCUCUCACUUCCCGACUGUGUCAGUUCAUUUUCGGGCCUCCCGGUGUCAGUCAUGGCGUCCACGCCGUCCCGGAAGUGAGCGGGGCCCCAGUGCAGGCAUUUCCUGUCAGCUCCUCAGUCCGGACUCCAUUAGUGCAGCGGCAGAGAGGGGGGCAAUCAGCUGGUGACAGCCCGGAGCCUGGGCCGCUCUACCCCCGUAGGGGGACGCACUCUCACACCGCCCUCUCCCUCCCGCCCCACCGGCCACCAACCACGGCCGCUCUAGGCGAGGAAACUCUGGCCUCCGCUUCCUCCGACUCGGACACCGGCGGAGCAUCCCCUCCCCUGCGGAAGAGACCCCGAACCUCGGAGGAGGCGGCGGCAACAGGAAGCGCAGAGGUGUCGUUCGGGCCCGCGGGACCGGGCGGUGGGAGUAACAUGCAGACUAACGGGGCAGCGGGGGAGGAACCGGCAGCGAGCGGCAGUCUGAGCGCCCACAACGGAGAAUCCUCGGAACCGGCUCAUUCCAACGGGGUCAUUAGCAGCAGCAACAACAACAACGGCCUGAGCAGCAGCAGCGCCCCCGCCGAGCAGCCCGGGGUGAAGAAGAAGAAGCGCCUGAGCCAGUCCGACGAGGAUGUCAUCCGCCUGAUCGGCCAACACCUGCACGGCCUGGGCCUCAACCAGACGGUGGAGCUCCUCAUGCAGGAGUCGGGAUGUCGCUUAGAGCACCCUUCUGCCACCAAGUUCCGCAACCAUGUCAUGGAAGGGGAGUGGGACAAGGCAGAGAACGACUUGAAUGAGCUGAAGUCUCUGGUGCACUCCCCGCACGCUGUCCUGGCUUGUCGCCCUUCCUCUGGAGGCUCUGGGAGUGAACAUUCCCCUGUGUCCUGCCCUACUGCAGACGUCAUACGGAGGAUGAAGUUUUUGCUGCUGCAGCAGAAGUACCUGGAAUACUUGGAGGACGGGAAGGUCCUGGAAGCCCUUCAAGUGUUGCGCUGUGAGCUCACACCGCUGAAAUAUAAUACAGAAAGGAUUCACGUCCUCAGUGGGUAUUUAAUGUGUAGUCAUGCAGAUGACCUACGUGCGAAGGCAGAGUGGGAAGGAAAAGGCACUGCGUCUCGCUCCAAACUCCUUGAUAAACUUCAGACCUAUUUGCCUCCGUCGGUUAUGCUGCCCCCACGUCGCUUGCAAACCCUGCUGCGCCAAGCUGUGGAAUUGCAGCGAGACCGCUGCCUCUACCAUAACACGAAACUUGACAAUAACUUGGACUCCGUGUCCCUGCUUAUAGAUCACGUCUGCAGCCGGAAACAGUUUCCAUGCUUCACACAGCAGGUGCUCACAGAGCAUUGCAACGAGGUUUGGUUCUGUAAGUUCUCCAACGACGGCACUAAACUAGCGACCGGAUCAAAAGACACCACUGUUAUAAUAUGGCAGGUCGAUCCAGACACACACCAGCUGAAAUUGCUAAAGACUUUAGAGGGCCACGCGUAUGGGGUUUCUUAUCUGGCAUGGAGUCCAGAUGACAACUAUCUAAUUGCAUGUGGUCCAGACGACUGCUCCGAACUGUGGCUGUGGAAUGUGCAAACCGGUGAAUUAAGGACGAAAAUGAGCCAAUCCCAUGAAGACAGUCUGACCAGCGUGGCGUGGAAUCCUGAUGGAAAACGCUUUGUUACUGGAGGGCAGAGAGGCCAGUUCUACCAAUGUGAUUUAGAUGGCAACCUGCUUGAUUCCUGGGAAGGGGUAAGAGUGCAAUGUCUGUGGUGUUUAAGCGAUGGCAAGACUGUCCUUGCCUCAGACACACACCAGCGAAUCAGAGGUUAUAAUUUCGAGGACCUCACUGAUAGAAACAUAGUGCAAGAAGAUCAUCCUAUAAUGUCCUUCACAAUAUCAAGAAAUGGAAGAUUAGCUUUGUUAAACGUUGCAACUCAGGGUGUUCAUUUAUGGGACUUGCAAGACAGAGUUUUAGUGAGAAAGUACCAAGGUGUGACACAGGGCUUUUACACUAUCCACUCGUGCUUCGGUGGCCAUAAUGAAGACUUCAUCGCUAGCGGCAGUGAAGAUCAUAAAGUGUAUGUUUGGCACAAAAAAAGUGAAUUGCCCAUUGCAGAGCUCACAGGACACACGCGCACAGUUAACUGCGUGAGUUGGAACCCGCAGAUUCCUUCACUGAUGGCCAGUGCUUCUGACGACGGUACUGUUAGGAUAUGGGGACCAGCACCUUAUGUAGACAACCAGGAGUUUGAAGAGGAAUGCAGUAGCAUGGAUAGUUGAUGGCAAGUUGCGGCACAGACGACUUCCCUCACUUAAAAAUUAGUCGUAUUUUUAAAAAAUGGCUCGGGAUCGGUGCAAACAGACGAGAUCGAUUAACCGGACAGACGUUCGUCGCUGAAGAAAAGAGAGAAAAAAAAAUGUAAAAUAAAAAAAACACAAAAAAUUGUUAAAGUCUGAGGGGUCACUCUGGGGCCCUUACAUUUUACCAUCCUGCUUCAUAGUACCCAGCUCAGAUGAAGCGCGUCGUUUAGAAUGUUGUUGGACACCGUGUAAAUCCCCCAUCGGUUGUGAAGAACUGUGCUAUAUUCAGGCUAUCCAUCGAACUCGGUAUCUUUUCCCCCGUCUGCCGUUUGGUGUGGCGGGGCUACCAUACAUGUUGCUCUUCUGUGUAAUGAAGUUUAAAUGCUUGUUUGGAAAACACAAAAAAAAAAAAAAUAAUAAUAAUUAUUUAACAGUUUAGAAGGCUUGAUAGAGUGCUUUAGUCUGAGUAUCCAUUUAAUAGGAAAGUACAUCCUGCUCUAUCCGCCUUAUUUACCCGUGAGAUCUUUUCAGCUUGGUUCAUGGAUAGUAGCCUUAACUUUUAUUUUAACAUUUAUUUUCUCCCCCCCUCCCCCCCUCCCCCCCUUGGCAAAAGGACAACAGAUCUGGUUCCCCUAAUUGUUAAGGUCAAUUGAAACAUCGCACACAAAGGAAAUUUUGUAUUUUCUCCCCACGAAAGACUAAAGAGCGCGAGUGUGUUACCCUCCACCCGGCACCAUUUUUUUUUUAAAGUAAAUUAAGUAUUUAUAGGACUAUAUUGAAUUAAUUUGUAUACGUUUAACCAGCUAUUUACCAGUUAGAUGAUCAAGAGAGAGAGGGAUUUCCCCUCAUUGCACAGGCAAUGAAAAACGAGGGGGCUGGGAGGGGUGUUGUUUUUUUUUUGUUUGUUUUAUUGUAUCACAUUUGUUUAGCUGCUGAUAUUAAGUAAAAAAUAAGGUCUGAGGCUCACCCAUUGUGUUUGUAGCAGAUCUGGUCUUCAUGUGCAAAGGUUCCAUCUUGGCUUGUGGCUUUAAGGUCUGCCAAUCAUUUCACCCUCCCUCGGUUGGAUUAGAACUUGCAAUUGGGCUCACUUGCCCUUGGAGAGGGGAACUCUUUUACUGACCGAUAUGAUAAUAUGCUCUCAGCCUAUUUUUCUUUUUAUGAAUGACUGUAUAUCCUUUGUUUUCUGUUUGUUUUCUCCUUCCACAUUCACCUCAUGUACCAUACAGUAUCAAUUUGCACAAGCAUUGACAGGAGGCAGGUUUACUUGUCCUUUACAUACUGCCAUCAUUCAGAUCUUCAUGGGUAGAUCUGUAGCGAAUACAGAACCAGCAUUAAAGAUAUUCAUUGUACACAACUCGCCCUGUCACAGUCAUUACCCCCGACAAUGUGGCAAUACUGCAAUUCUAUGAGGCCGGGGGCAUUUAGCCUGUCAAUCCAGCGCUGGUUAUAAGCGAUUCUUUACCAUUCUGCUGUUCUAUCGGUAGAGCACGUCAUACAAAUCAUUUUUAAAAAGUUACAUUUUCAGGCCAGUGUUUUUUUUUUUUUAAUUAAUAAAGAAAUGUUUUUCCUUUUA